AUGCUUUUUGUUUCAGAUACACAGUGGACAUCAAUGGGCGCCGCUUGCCUUUAUGGCACCCUCUUCUCGUUAUGUGCACUUGUGUGCUCAGGUAAUUCAGACUUUUAAGUUUUCGAUCAAAUACUUCAUCACUUGUUGAGAAAAAAAAAUGUAGAAGCAUACUGUUAGAUUGUAAAUUUUAAGCGAUGAAUAUAGCUUUUCCAAUUUAUUUUAUAUUUCAGUCAGUAGUUUUCGCAUCGUAAAAAAAAAUUUUGUGACCGUUGCAGAAUCGAAAGAACUUUUUAGUGAAAAAAAUACUAAUUAGCUGUUUUUUUUCGCGCAGAAUUGCUACAGAUGUAUUUGAUUAAAUGAGUUCAGGAUAGUUAUCCAUUUAAUCAGCCAAAUCCAGUACUUCAAAAAUUUUUCCUAGUUUUUUGAAAGAAUCAUAUUUUUAAAAAAAAGUUUUUGAUAAUCUUUCUUCUUUCCAGGUUCCGCACAUACCGCUUUGAUUGACUUGAAUGAAUAACUUUGCAGGCGCCACGAUCGAUUGGUCUGCGAUCGAAACCCCACCUAGAUUUGUCCACGAGCCGAAUCCAGAAGUAGUCUUCUACAAAAUAGAAAAGUCGGUCGAUGAGCCGGCGAUAAAAACUCCCGAAAACCUUCUCGAACAAACGAUUCGAUGCAAAGCGAACGGCAGCCCCAGACCAAGGUCUGAUUUUUCAACCUUUUUCUUACUGAUAUAAAUAUUUUUAUUUUCUGUCGUUAGGACCAUGUUUAUCUAUGUUCAUUUGUUCUGAAGUUCAAGUUUUUAGUUUUGACAUGAAUUUAAAGCGAGAUUUUUACAAAAUCCAAAUAAAACUUAUUGCUGAAAAAGACCUCGAAGAUCUUAUACCAGUUCCUGAUUGAGCUGGAAUUGAGUGAGCCAAAUAUUCAGACUUUGAAAAGUUGAAAAUUUUUCAAAUUCAUUUUGAUUUGCAGUUAUCGUUGGAAAAAGGAUGGCAAGGUCUUCGAACCCGAAAUGUUUCCAGAAAAAGUUGUGCAAAAGCCUGGAGAAGGUAAUAAAUGAUAUCUUAUUAAUUCUGUAGUCUUUGGUUAAUUUUUUUCUCACCAUGAUCUCAAUUUGUUUCUACAUUGAAGUAUAGCUUUCACAUGUACGUGAUUUAGAAAUUUUGCAGAAAAAAAAGAACAAAAAUCUGUUCACAGAAUGCUGGGCAUUGCAAAUUUCAGCCUUCUAAUGCAUUCGAGUUUGCCCUAGAAAGUUUUCCGACAUAUUCUAAGUCCAUAACAAAAAAAUGCGUAUUUUUGCACUACUCUGUUCACUGAUGCCGAUGUUUUUUUGGAAAUUAUCUUCCGUUUUUUGACAUUUUCAAAAGGGGAAGAUUCAAAAACGUGCUCCAUUUGAGAUUGCCUCGUACAACCGCUUCACGUUGACUUAUCUUGACCUUAAAGCCGCAUUCAUUGAGAAUAAGAUUUUGCUCAGAUUGUUGCUUCUGAGAACGUCUUGAGUACCUCAGAGAAUGCCUGAGAUACGCUUCAGAAAGUUCCCAUGCAUGACGCUAUAAAAACUUGCGCCCACUUUGUGGGUUUUUGUUUGAGUUUUCAUAAAGUUAAGAACGGAGUGAUCCGGGUUUCAUGGAAAAUUUUCAGUAAAUGAUUUGGAAUAUUUGAGGGAGCCUGGUCUUCUCCCGGCUCGACGAAAGCGACGCUGGAUUCUAUCAGUGCGAGGCGAGCAACAGCAACGGAACCGCCGUCGACCGGCCUACGAGGAUCCAGGAAACCUGUUGGUUCUUUUUCCGAUUGAAAUUAGCAGUCCAUUUGUUAUAAUUUUAAUUUCAUGAAAAUCUACCAGAAAUGAAGAUAUGUUGAGACAUAAAGUUGAGAAUAGUUAUUUCUGGCGUUCUGAAAACUUGAAAAAUGCAUGUAAAAAAAUGCUGCUGAAAAAAAUUUGCAUUGAGAUUUUUUUCGAAAUAAGUUAUCGAAUAAUUUUGAAAUCACAUAAAAGAAAGCUUUUUUUGGAAUCGGAUAAAUACUUUUCGAUCUUGUUGAAUCUUGCAAUGAACUUUCCGUCUUCAAAAAACUUUUCUUUGCGAAGAAGCUAUUAAGUUCGAAAAAUUCACCAUUAUUUGAGUUAUAUCAUAUUUUAGAUGACUUUUUCUGAUAACUCUAAAUCAGAAGAGAAUCACUUCCAGCUUCAAGGCCGAGUCUUUGAUCAAUUUAUCGAUUAAAAAAAUAUUUUGAUUUCGAUAUUGUGGAGGAAUUAAGCAAAGGCUUGUUAGAAUGAAUCUUCAGUUUCACGUUGAUUUGAAAGUUAUUCAGUCUCCCACUAGGUAUCCGGUUCACAAAAUUCAUUGUUUUCUGAAAAAAUUACUCAUUUCAUCACUUGUUUUCGUAACUGAAUAGUUAUUGUAGACCUACUUUUUAAAGAGCAAGUGCAUUUUGUUGAAAAAAGGAAAAAUGCAUUUAUAAGCGACCUUCUCAUGUCAAGUCGGUUGAUUUAGCUGAGGAAGCUGAUUUCUCAGAAGUAAGUCUUUUAUUCGAAGUCGAAACUGAUUUCCUCGGUUGUUUCUUCCUUUUCGGUUGUUUUAUUUCUGAAAAAAAUACUAGCGUAAUCAAAAAUGGUAUUCUUCAAUUAUCGAAAGAACCCAGAUGAAUGAACUAAACACCUCGGUCCGUAUUGUUACAGUUAUUCUCGGUUGUUUUUAAUUGUACUUAUUGGAUUAUGGAGGGAUAGUAAUGUUUCUCUUUUCAUUCCACUGAACAAAACGAGUAAUCCGGAUAUAUAUUUUUGUUAUUUUUUCAACUCACUGUUGAUUUUCAGCUGUAGUUUCUCGGCGAAAAUCCGGUCGUUUCCGUUUUUUGACAAGUGCGUGAACCAUAGGCCAAUGUAAAUUGAUGCGAGUCCAACGAAUGUGAUGAUGAUGAUGAAUAAUAGCUCUCCGAACUGAAAACGGCGUUGAAAUUCAUGAGAAACCAGGGUACCGUUAGAGGAUCUACUGAAUACAUUUUUCUUACGUUGAUUGAAUAGAAAUGAAGACGUCAUAUGUUUUUUCACGUCUUCGCGUUUAUUGAUAUUUAAUUGUUCAGAGAACGACAGUUUCCACUUCAAAGUAUCAAGCAAGGUUUCUUUCAUUAUCUAGACAAAGAACAUUUUUUAUUCUUUCUCACAUAAUUUUCAUUAAAAGGGCAUACAUUCGGGAAGAAAAGCAGAAAAAGUUCCUUUUAAAAACAAUUCGAUUUAGAAAGAAAGUAUAAAUGUAAUUAAUGGGCUCUGUUGAAUAUUUUCAUAGAAGUAUCAGGAAAAAUUGGUUCGAAAAAAUAUUUAAAAAAAAAAUCCUAAAUACUUGCUGGACUGUUGAACAUGCAAAAAGGAUAAAAAAAUUUAAGAACGUUAACCUGAUUGUAUUCAAAUUUAGGAAAAAUAUCAUGGAUUUAUCUUCUUCAAGGAAACCGGUAUUAGGAAUAGAUCGUUCAAAGCCAUGAUAGUAUAGUAUGAAAGUAGGAGAACGAAUUUUUUUAAGAUUUUUCUGAAGAAAUAUUCUACCAAAUCAGCUGGACUCCCGAAAAAUUUCUCGUUAACUGAUUGCAAAAAAUUUUUGAUUUACCAACUUUGUUUGGUUCUCUUUCCUUAUUUUAAAACUUCAUCAUUAACUCUGAUACUUGAAAGAAUUGUUAUUAGAUUUCCUAUCAAAUAAAGUUUCUGGCAGGGAUUCGACAUUUCGCAUCAGCCGAGCCUGAGGUGGUGAUGGUCGAGGUCGGAGAUCCAUACUCCAGAAAUUGCUCUCCUCCAGCAAGUAAUCCCAGUGCUAGGUUAUCGAAGGCUUUUUUCGAGGUCGAUAUCAUCUUUUUUCCAGAGUUUAUUGGAUUUUGAUGGGAAAAGAGCCCGGUCAUUUCGAAACGAUCAGCAGCAGCCACAUUUCCAGCAACGAGGCGGUAAUUUAUUUCUGAACUCUCAUUUAAAAAUAUGCGCGAGCUCUGAUUUUAUUCUGCCGAAUCCAAGUUUUUCUCGAUUCCGCCCCAAGUUUCAUUAUCGCAAUGUACACAUCUCAGUAACCGAGGGCAAAUAAGGUAACUCCGAGGGCAAAAAGAAUAAUGACUCGUUUUUACACGCAUAUGGCCUUCAUAGACCGCCUCUAUUGUGUUCCUGCGUGGGUCUCGAGGUUCGCAAUUGAGGUUUCGGCGCGUGAAUAACACGAAAACUUCUCUCCACCCGUUCUCGGCAGCUAAUUGACGCUGUCAGUACCCAGAGGUGGCUUGAUUCAACGUCUUAGUAAUGCCUUUUCUCGGUCAAAGUGAGUCAGUUUCGCGAGAACGGAAAACAGAAACAUUCUAGGAAUUUUCCAUCAGAGUUUUGAGGAAAACCUCAUUAAUUAUUUUUCACCUUAGCUUAGGAAUAUAUGAAUAUAUAUAUACAAAAUUAUUUAUUCGAAAAAAAUUAAAUCGAUAAAAAAAGCCUUCUUAACAAUUCGAGAUAUAAAGAAAAAAAGGAAUUUUUUUCAAUCGCUUCAAUUUAGUUCGAUAGUGAAAAAAACUUUAUUUUUUUUCUUUCUUUCAAAUUUUUGCCCUUCAGAAUUUUUUUAUUUUCAAAUAUAAAAAAAUAUAAAAAUAAAAAAAUAAAAAUCAUCUCAAUAGAAAAAGUAUUUUUUUAGUUUAGCAAUAAUCAAAGUUUUCAAAAAAUUGAUUUAAUUUGAAGCCUUUUUUUGGACGCUCAGUUGGUUUUUGUUUGUAAACAAUACCCAAGUUUUGGCCGAAAAAAAGGAGAAUUCUAGUCAAAAGAUAAACUGGGCGGAGUCGGAGGAGAGACGUGUGAAAAUAGAGAGAGCGAGGACGAAAAGACAAAGCCGAGAGAGUGGGACGGCGGCUGGCGAGAGCGUCUGCCUGCCUUCUACCACCGCAAAACGUCCAGCAGCAGGCUCUGCUCCGUUUCUCCUCCUCGAUUGCAUAAAUUUUGGCCCCAAACUGAAAAAAUUCGGAAGCUCACUGACAUCAAUGACCUCAACAAACAGUUGAUAUUCGGGUAUUUCUGCGCGCGACUGGAUUAAUUGCCAUCUGAAAAUGCUGCUGGCGGGACUGCUGCUGCUUCUGCAGCUGACCUUUCUAGUGAGUUUUUGACGGUUGUUGCCUUGUAGGGCACCCUCUUUUUCCACUAUGUCAACGAGACGGAUUUGAAGUCGGACCGCUACUAUACGUGCACCGCCGAGAACAUCGAGCUCAAGGACUACAAGUUCGGUAACCAGUUCAGCCUGCAGAUCACCAACAACAAGCGCCGUAGUCGUAAGUUUUCUUCUCUUUUCAUUUUGAUGUUCUUUUCGGCCAUAUGGUACAGACUUUUUCAUCGAGUUUCAUUAUAUAUUUGUUUUUUUAGAACAUUGAGGGGAUGAUUAAAUUGUGAAAGACUGUUUAAAACGAUGUGGGAAGGGCAACGAUAGCGGUAACAGUAAACAUAGAUUCCAAAUAAAAUGAGACAAUCAAUUAUUCAGAGGGUUUUCCGAGGAGUUAUUCUGAAACUUUCAAAAGUUCAGAAGCAAGUUGACUGUUCAAAUUCUGAAAUUUCCGUGAUUUUUUUUUCGAUAUUUUAAUGCUUAAAUAUGAAAUUUAUUUUACACUUCAAAAAAAAAUUAUUAAGUGCUUUCUUACUGUUUAGUGACACUCUCUGUAGCAUUUUUUGAAAAAGGAGCUCUUCGAAAAUAUAAAAAAAAAGUUUUCUGGCUAGUUUUCUUCAAAUUUCUCUCCGUAGAAAAACUGAAUUUGUUGUUACUUUUUUCUUAUCUCCGUCUUUAAGUUGUUUUGAGCUUUCUCCUGUUCUUCAAUCGUUAAAAGGGCUUGUUUUUCCUUGAGAACGUGCAUUCUUUCCCCCGCUUCCGUGUGUUUUCCAAACGACAGUUCCAUUGAAUGGUAGAGAGAGAAGGACUAUUUCGAUGUUGCGCGGUGGCCCUUUGGCCUCUGCAAUUUCACCUGGGCGACUUGUUACGGGUUGCGUAGCGAUCGAUGAAAAACCUCAACAACCGUUGGCGACGGCGCUUCGAGUCGAAGAAACAGGAAAAAUAAGGAAAAUUCUGAAAAAGUUAUCUUUUUGUUGGUUACUCAUAGCUGAUGUUAUCGAUAUGUGCUCGAGAGGAUCUUCUUUUCUUCUGUCCUAGUUGUUCUCUGUUUGAGUUUUUUGUUUCCUCUGCCUCCUCCGCCAGUCGAAAAGUCAGGUAAAAGCUUCGUUCAAGAGCAGCUGUGACGGGUGUUGUGAGGUUAUUACUCAUUUUGAAAUGAGCGUUGAAAAAUAUCUUUCAGAAAGUAGUUAUUGAGUUUUUUUUAAAUUUCUUUUUUUAAUCAAAUAGGCAGUGAAGAAUUUAUUUUCAUAUUAUACCGUUAGUCGUAUUCGGCAAACUAGAAGUGCUGUAUUUGUUUUUUUUUAAUCCCUCGGUAGAAGCUUAAAAAAGCUUGAGAUGGGGUGAAGAAUCGAGAGUAAAAUUUUCGGUGGACAUGGAAAACCAUCGUUCAGUUGUUGUUCGUUUGAACCAUCCGACUGUACUUUAUUUCCUUUCAAGGUUCCUUUCUCCGCUUUCGGCUUGUUUUGGCUGUUUUGAUCGUCUGCCAACGUCUUUUUGGACUGGCCAGCGAACGUGUGGAGGAUUAUUGACGACGUCUGGCCAGACCAGGCCAGCCGGCUAUUCCAGCGGCUUUUCUCUGAUAGAUGUGUUGGUAUCCAUCUACACCCAGGUGCAGUAAUAUCUCACGUCUGUGCUGUUUCUUUUUGUUUUUCGCUGUCGGUAAGCCGAGAUGCAGCAUCGUAAAUAUCAACAAGCUGCUCACUUUUUGUUCUGGCUUUUUUUAAAAACUGAAUCAUGGAUUUCCAAUCAAUCACUCAUUCCAACUGAGACGUGUGGCACUUUAUGUCACAAAAAAACCGAUAAUGUGAAAGUUUAGAGAAUAAUAUCUAAGCUGAGAAAAAGGAUAUUUUCAAUUUCUUGUAGAAAUCCACAAAUGCUAUAUUUCCAUGGAAAAAAACAUCUUAAAAACUAAAUAUUUGUCUGAAAAAUAAAUUCAAAAAUUCGAAUAAAAAAAUCUUAAAUAAUAGUUUUUGAAAAAUUCUCAGUUAUUUUCUACGAUUUCUCACACCAGCCCAACCAAUUGAAGCAAACGACCACUCCUUCAGGAUUUGACAAAAAAGGUCUUGGCGGGAAUUCCCAACUCAUUCAAGUAUUAGUCGGUUUUCUUCUUCUCUCAACUAUUCUCACAAAGGACCAGAAGAGCAAUCGAAAAAAGUUUGUUGGAGUUGGUGGCGAUUUGUGGACGGAUUUCUAAGGGCAGCGCCAUGGAGAACCGGGGAGAUAGAGAUAAAUAGAUGAGACGAUGGACCGAAGAGACGGCGGAGAGAGCCGAGACUCGAGUGAGCACAAACGAAGGCUCUGCGAGAGGCUCCAUGGCCGCGGAAGCAAGCACAAAAUGGCAGAUGUCGCCUGGGGCGUCCAUUGGAAGUGUUUCGAACACGACACUCGCGUCCGUUCUGCCGUCUUUAAAAUAUAACUUGUCACGGAAAGCCGCGUGUCUUGGGAAAAGCCGCGUCCUUAGAUUGGCCUAUCAUGGAAGGCGGCUCUUCUGGGUCACAGAGACAAACGAUUAGAGAGACAUCUUCCAGUCUUUCUUUUCUUCAGAUCACGUUCGGAAGUCGAGAAGAUCUAAACAUUUUUAUUGCCUGUGUUGCGACUUUUUUUUUUCUCUGAUUCAUGAAACACUUCAAUGCAAACAUCGACGAAGAACAAUUUGAUUAGCUUUUGCGCAAAACGCUUUGCAAAGAGGAAACACUUAAACAAACACUCUGAGUUACCACAGAAAGUAUUGUCGAAUUAUAUUCGGUCGACCUGAUCUCUUUCCUUUCCACGAAAAAGUACAUUUGAGGCUUUUUGUCACAGUAUAUGUGCGCCAGAAGGGGGAAGAAGCAAAAAAUGAAGUGUAGAGGAAUUUCAAGCAGGAAAAAAAAUUCGAUCGAAAAAGCCCUUUUUUGAUAGUGUACCAGGUUUUCAAUAAAGUUAUCUAUGGCCAGCCAGAAAAAACUUUGAAAAUGAACUGAAUAAAUGUUGGAUGGAAAUUUUUUAAGGUGUACAUGAGUGUUGAAAAAUACUCCGUUGAACGAAACAGAAUUUGCAGAUGUAAUAUAAAUAUUCGCAAGAAAAAAGUUAAAAGAGAAAUAGAGUAUACAAUUCAAUUCUUUUUCAUUACAGUGACGCAGAUGCCACCUACGGAGCAGUACGUCAACCAGAGCUCUCCGAUCGCUCUUCAGGGCAACCAGCACAAGCUCCACUGCUUCUUUUCCGGAUAGUCCGUUUUUCUACCAUUUCCAGUUUUUUUUCUUUUUUACUUGAUUUCAAAUUCCAAACGCUUUUAGUUGAGAUUCUUCUCCAGAAUUUCUGGUACGAAUAAUUUAUGCGGUUCUCAAACUCUAUUUUUUUAACAAUCGAUAUGAAGUCGCUGUACUAAAAAGGUCAUUUGAUCUUUCUGAAGACAAAAUAAGUAGGAAGGGACGGUCAUAAGACAUUUCUGGUUUUUUUUUUCACAUUUUUACCAAAUUUUUCAACUUUCAGCAAAUUUCUUUUUCUUCUGCAAAUUUCUGCUGAGUUCUCCAUCUAUCGGUUAAAAAGUAUGACGUAGGAGGGGUCAUGAAGGAUGGAUGAAUGAUUAAAUAUAUCAAUUGACCCAUUAUCUCAAAAAAUGAUAAGUUAUAUGCAAAACAAUAGCUGGAUUUGUAGGUAGCUUUUGUAUUUGCUAGUUGUUUUCCGCACAAUCUUAGCUCUGAGAUUUGGAGAUUCAUGAUUUCUUAUUUGGUCGGCUCCCAACAAGGAAGAGGUAAAUGUCGUCCGCGCGGAACGGCUGGUGCCAGGUUCCGAGCCAGAGCUCAUGCUUCUUGGUGUCUCCUCGUCGGAUUCUCUUUUCCGCCGAAUGUCAUGCCGUGCCCCUUCAUCCCCUGAAACAACAACUCCCAUCAAGUGUGGGAACACGUCUCGCCUUUUCCCAUCCAAAGCGUUCUGCUGGCCAUUUCCAGGAAAAGCUAUACGCCAUGACGAGAAAAUCGGGAGAACAGAAGCCGGAAAUGAAAUGAAGCAUUAAUUGGAUCAUCUAAGUUCCCUUAAAAUGAGCUCGAAACAAAAGGAGAUGGCUCUGAAACUUUGAAAACACUUUUUGGAUCUUUUUCUAUAUUGAAAGAGGCUGGUGUGCUUGCUUGAGAAGCUUGUUUUGAGAAAAACAUGGCUUCAGCUACAUUCGAAUGAAAAGAAACAUGAAUAGAAGAAGUUUUAACACUUGUCGGACCCAAAGCAUAUUUCAAUGGAAAGAAAGCCUGACGUUUUCUGGUUUUAUGAAAUGUUUCGAGUUGUGGUGCGCGACCUCACGUAGUUGUUGUGGAAAUGCGCAGGCAACUCCUUGGAGACCUGCUCUUCUUCUAAAGCUUUUCUUCUUCUUCUCCUUCCUCACUCAUCAGGCAUCCACGACCCCAAUAUACGAAGCCUUGCGCUUUCGGGUCGGAAAUAAAAACUGCGGUGGCUCGUUUGCCUUCUUAUAACGACUCUGGAACAGCCAGUCGAUUGGCUGCCAAGUCUUUCUCUGGUGCAACUUCUUUCGAAAGUUCUUCCAGUCAAAAAGCUCUUGGGUGGAUCUAAAUACUUUGCGAACGGCAAAAAUCGAAAGGAGAACAUAUGUGGUCCAACAAACUUCGGAUCCUAAGUGUGUCAGCGAACGCCUAUUUUCUUUUAUAAGCUGUCGCGCUACUUCGACCCGAUAAUUGUGAUUCGAUUUUGCCUCUUGGGAGCGUUGAGAACGCGUCAAAUUGUUUUAGUUCUUUUGCUUUGGCAGAGAAAGCGGAAGUCAUGAAUAAGACAAGAUUUAUAGCUUGGAAUUUGAAUUCAGUUUCUUAAAAUCAUCUAGAAAGAUGAAGUUCAAUAUUUUUCACAGAACCUUAUCGAUUUUUUGUUUGUUGCUGGAGCUCUCAAAUUGAGGGAAAUACACUCUUAAAGGUAGACGUAACUCUUUGGAUCUGAGAUUUCAUGAUACUGGGAUUGAUUCGCUUGCUUAUUUAUUGGCGAGUGUGUGUGGGUGACAGGUUGUCCGUAAAUGGCGCGCCCGCCUUUCUCUCGUCACUGACCAAAAUAGUAAUUAUCGCAUUAUUAACGGCGACUACCUGGGCCUUUCUAGCGCUCUUCGCGAGCCUUAAUGAUCUUGAUGAAGCUGUGGUGGAGUAUUGAGGAACAUUCACGUGAUUGAGACCUUUCAUGGGACAUCAAUGCAAUGGAAAUUAACUUCUUGUUUAUCAAAGGGAAAAUAAAUGACGCUGAUAAGAAUCGGAUAAGUAUUUUUGUUCAGAAAAAGCUUUAAGGACGUAAAACCAUUGAUUUAUGUUCUGAAUAAGUCGGACAGAGAAGAUGUAAAAAAUAAUUUUAACAAUAUUUUUUGGAUCAGAAGGCAGUAUGCAUCUAAUUUGCAUUUCCUCUGUAAGAAUUAUAAAAAAAUAAUGUUUCACGCGAAGAUUAUUUUCUUCAAAAUUAUGUUUUUAAAAAGUUUUUGCGGGGCUGCCUAUAUUUUUUGCUUUCAAAAGUUUGUUCUCAAAAUUUUUUUUUGCUCUAGGUUUGAAAAAGAUGAUUGAAUAAUUCAGACGUAUUUAUUUAAACUCAACUUCGUUAGCCUGAGAAAUAAGUGUCACUGUAAUCGACAUUAGUUAUAAAAAUAUGCCUCUUUCUCAGAAAUAGUUUUACUUGGCCAACCAAAAUUGUUUCCCCUCCCCAAUUUUUAAAAAAGAUUAUCGGUUUUUUAGUACAAGGAAGUCCAUUAUCUUACUUUCUGAAUCAUGUAUUUUUUUUUUCAGUCCAGCCCCGAAGCCCCGCUGGUACCACAACGGACACGAGAUCAGCGAAGACGAGGGCGACGGCUACCGAUUCGAGUCCUACGGAAAGACUCUCGUCUUCAACGUGACCCAGGAGAAGUCCGGCAAGUACGACUGUCGGUUCGCCACUCAGAAUGACAUCGACCGCACUUUCAACGUCAUUGUCGAAGGUAUCAUUCUUCUUUUCUUUUUUUCUGAACUGAGACCAUAGAAAAUCGAAAAGAAUAAUCGGAGGUAUCUUUUUCUAGCGAUAAAUUUUUUUGGAUUUUUUGUUUUUGAUUUUUUUCUCAAUUGUUGACUGUUCGUUAAAAAGCUAUUGGUGAAAAAAAAAAUCCUUUUAUUACCUUUUUUUCCGAUCCUCGUAAAGAUGUCAUUUAAUUUUUUUUAGGUUUCAUCAAAGUCAGAUCUGAUUGCUGUUGAUCGAAGUUUUUUUGAUAAUUGUAAAAGAAAAAAAUCCUAGUUUGAAAUUUUCUAUCUUUUCUUUCUAAUCAUCCAUAAAACUUCGCUUUUUUUACUUUAUUUUUUUAUUAUUUUCUUUAGCUAAAAAAAUGAGUCAUUGUAAUUUCUUGAGAAGAUUUUUUUGUUUUUUUGUUUUUUAAACUUUUUUUCACUUCAAUGACUCAAAGUUAGAAAUCGAAACUUUUGAGAAGCGAAAAAUAACUUUUUUGCAAUUGCCAAAGGACUGCCGCUGAUUCUUGAAGGAUUUUUCGUUUAUUCUCAUCCUGAUGUCUCGUUUGAAAGUUAAAAAGCCAUACCUGUGUGUUUUUCAGCUGCUCCUUACUGGCCGGACGGUCCUCCUCCCAACACCAACACGAGCGAGGGCGAGACGGUCACUUUCGACUGCACGACCAGCGGAAAACCGGAGCCAACCGUCACUUUCUACAAAAAUGGCGUUGGUUAGUGUUCUUAUUUCAAUUUCUGAAACAAAUUUUCUGUCUUGUUUUUUUGCAAACCAUCUUUUGGUCUCGGUAUUGUUAAAUUACGAGGUUUUUUCUCAGAAAUGAAGAAAACGGACCGCGAUGGGAAAUACAUCAUCGAGGACAAAAGGCUGACGAUCUACGACGUGAAGAAGGGCAUUCACGGCAGAGGCGACAACGCCGUCUACCAGUGCAAGGCGGAAAACAAGCACGGCUACGUCUGGACCAACUUCUACUUGAACCUUCUGGGUAUUCCGAAGUGCGACGUCCUCUAUGACGUCAUAUGAGUUGCAGCGUUCAAGCCGCAGCUCCUGGCAGAGCCCGGAGAGGUGGAGGCGGUCGCCGGACGACCCGUCACCCUCGAGUGCAAGUUCUUCGCCAGUCCCAACGCCAACAUCUCCUGGGACUCGCCUCGUCUCGGAGGCGUUCCUCACUCUCAGGUGCCCGCCAACCCUCAUGGCGUCGGAAAACUUCUCAUCGACAGUUCGUUUUUUUUUUUUUUUUCUGGGUACAUGUUAAGGAACCGGAAUGGCCAACGAAAAAUUAAUAAAAAAGGCACAUUUGUUAACAAUUAAUCGAAUACGACCCUUACAUCAAUGAUAACUUUUUUUAUACCAGAAGAGAAAACUGAUAGGAGUCAGCUUCUACGACGUCUUUUUUUGGUCCGAUUUGGAACACUAAAAAAAUUCAUUCUCUCCUUUUCUAAUUUUUUCUUCAGCCAAUCUUUCGGGGACAGAAAAUUCCUUAACAUAUCAAAAUUUAUUAAGUAUUUUCUUUGAUAAGUCAGAAAAGAGUUUGUCUAACGAAAAUUUUUUGGUCUCGAACUUGAAGAGUUGCAGACGUGACAAACAACGUCGAGGGCGAGUAUUCCUGUAUCGGAAGGAACAAAUAUGGCGAGGCUCGUGGAACCGUCAAACUUCUCGUAAGAAGUCAGUUUGGCUCUCAUCUAAAAACCUAUCUGACUCCUUAUUUUUAUCUUGAUUCAUUCGAAUUCAGACGCGACCAAACUGGAGCCUUUUGCGAGGUCUGAGGAAGUUCGGAUGGCUGGAGAAACGAUCCGUCUUCCUUGCAGUGCCAGUGUCGAUGAAAGGUUGGUAUCCUCACGCAAAUUCCGUCAGAAUAAGUUCUUUCACCACCUUUAUUACAACUUUAUGCCAUUUUACAAACUUUAACUUUUUAUAAAAUCAAACAGACGAGUUUAAUGCAAUCGUUCAGAGAACAUAAGCAACGUGUUUUUUUUUUUGCCUUUUCAUACUCCUUUCCAUAAGACAUCCACUAUCUAUUUCUGUUUUUCUGACUAUGGAACGUUUUCAAGCCCCCAGUUGAAUUUUUCACCGAAAAAUUUUUUUCUGAAGUUUAAGACCCCCUGAUUUCAGAAAAAGAAAAAACGCCUUGCAGUAGCCCUGGUUUUCGAUUUAUGAAACUUCAAAAUUACCAAAAUACGCAGAUUAUGACAGAAAGGGCUGUUUUAAAACUUUGAAGCGUCGUAACUUCAAUACCCAGAUCUAUUGCGAGACAUUUGUUUCAAUGUUCUGGAACAAGGAGGUACUAAAGUGAACUCCAGCUGAGUUUCAUCAAAAUAUCAACCGGGGGCAAGAAAAAAACGUUCCCAAUGGUUCAUAAUGAACCUUUUCAAAGACUAGUUAUCUAGGAGUGUCUUGCAAUGUAUUCAUUUUCACAGACUCGAAGCCAAGUACGAAUGGCAAGUGGAUGGAAAGCCGCUACCCGAAGUUCACCUGUCUUCCGGCCACUACAAGGUUCCCGCAACACCCAGAACUUGUUACCAUUGGAACGAGAUUUCAGGUGGACAGCGACCAUUCUUUGGUUGUGAGCAAUCCCACGCACUACGACACCGCCAAGUACAAGUGCGUCGCCAGCACGAAGCUCGACAAGCUCGAGAAGGAGAUCAAGAUCCAGAUAAACGGUCAUUUCUCAUUUCGCGAAAAAUAAUAUUUUUUUCAAAAAAAGAUUUUUGGGUGGAAUAAAAAAAUCAAAAGCUAAAGUGCUAAAAAAUUUUGCAGUUGAUGGAAGAAAUGUCUCUAAAAAGUUUUUUUUUAAAAUCUGAAACUAUGUUAUUUUUAGAUAUUUUUAGGUAAUUUAUCAUCCAAAUUUUCUUUUUUUCGUUAGUCUGAAAUAGUCUGGAGAAAAAUGUUUUUCAUUUCAAGAGGAAACAAAUGACCAGAAAAAAAUAAAUAAAGGGUCAAUCGAAAAUAACGGAAAAACAGUCAUGAUGAUGCCGUGGAUCAGAAAAAAAGAAACCCUCUUGUUUUUCUAAUACUACUAUUGCAGACGUCCCUGUGCCGGUCAACUCGGCCUACGUGAGCAAAUGUGACCCGGCCUCGCAAUCCGCCGAAAUCACCUUUGAACACCUUGAACCGGCAGACGCCGUCUCGCCGGUCAACGAGUUCUGGGUUCAGUACCAGAUGGACAGCGAGACGGAGGGCUCUCAGUGGAGGACGCAUCCCGUCCCCGUUUCGGCGCGGCCCAUCGACGUCAUCGAGGAUCAACUUCGCAUAGUUCGUGGUAAAGCCACGGUCGCUCUGCAACCUUUCGGACAGGUGAGGCUUUUUUGUGUAUUUCGAAGUUCGCGAAUGUUAUUAUCUUCAAUUGUACUUAUAUUUUCUCUUUUCUUGCGAACUUAUUUUACAUGAGUGGCCUUUGGCGUCGAAGACUUGCAUUCAGAAAGCAAAGAUGUUUUCUGAAAAUGAAUGAAAGCAUCAUUCGACGUGAUUAUAUUGCAGUAUGUCUUCCGAGUUUUGGCUCGCAACAACGUCGGCGACUCUGCGGCCACUCGCGUCAAGGACCAAUGCAAUACUCCGGCCAAGAAGCCUGACCGUAACCCAGGCGGCGCUUUCGCACGUGGAACGAGUCCUGAAAACCUGAUCGUUCAAUGGAAACCGAUGCCCCGAGAAGAAUGGAACGGCGCCGACUUCCACUACAUUGUCAAGUAGAGGAACUCUGCUCAAUCAGCCCACUGAAUCAGAAUCUUUCCAGGUACCGUCCGAAAGAAGGAGAUUCUGGAGUGGGAGAAUGGCGAGAAACUCCAGUUGCGGAUCCUUUCGCUGACCGCGUCACUGUCACUCUCGACGACGACAAGGACGUCAAGCCUUUCCAGCCCUAUGAAGUGCAGGUAAAUACUUUCUGAGAUCGAAGAAGAGCAACUAAUAACCGAAAUUUCUAGGUCCUGGCGGUCAAUAACGAAGGAAAGGCGAAUGUCGUGCCAGAGACGGUAGAAGGAAGAACCGGCGAAGGCGUUCCCAGCAGCAUUCCUUCUGGACUCCGCGUCAUCGAGAAGGUACCAAGAAAAUAUUUCCAGUUGACUGAGCCAAAUAUAUUAUUCCAAAUUUUAACUGAGUGAUCGAAACUCAACCUGUUUUGUUUCCAGAGCGGCACGACCGUCACUUUGGCCUGGGAUCCGAUCGAACCGAGCACGGCGAACGGAAAUUUCACGGGAUACAAAGUCACCUACUGGGUCGAGGAUUCCGAUGCGGAAGAAGAGGCCGAAGAAGAAGAAGAAGAAUCGGAAAGACGUCGGAUGCUGCGACUCCGACGAAGGAGGUCUUCUGCCCCGGUGAGAAUUCGAUCCCGACUCAUAAUCAACCGGAGAUAAUUACGCUCCUUUCCAUUACUCUAAUUGAUAAUCGUUUCUAUAGAGAAAAAAAACCGGGAUUUUGCAGGCGAUGCGUAAGAGAGACGCAAGCGGACGACGCAAGACGGUCGUUUUCGGUCCAAACGCGAGUCAAGGAACUCUGACCGACCUCAAGCCCGACACCAUCAACUACGCCUUCAUUCAGGCAACCAACAUUGUCUUUCCAACCUCUAUUUAUUAUCUUUAGGUUGCUAACGGAGCUCAUGAAGGCGCUCCUAGUACGACGAUCGAUUUCCGAACGGAUGAAGGAGGUGAUUUUUAACUUUUAUCGGCAUUUUUUCGAAUUUUUUCGAAAAUAGAAAAGAAGCAUUUUUUGAAUUGAAAAAUAUUCUGUCGUCUUUUUUUUCUGGGAUUUUUCGAAGUCUUUGUAUAUCUGAAAAUCAAGCUACAAAAAUUGAGCCUUCAUGAGGUGAGCUUCUGGAAAAACGGCACUUUUCCUAUGAGGAUUUAUUUUUUUCCAAUGAGAGUAUUAAAACAUAAUUUUUUUAGAAUUCGUGCUAUUUACUCAUUUUUGUGGAAAUUUAGAAAAAAACUGCAAAAAAAUAAACGCGUUGUUUUAAUUUUUCCGAAAAACGCUGCUGAGUUUUUUGGCUCACUUUUCUCUAGGUCUCAUAACUCGACUGAUUAUUUUGCAUCAAAAAGUGAAUUUAUAACUUGACAGAUGUAUUUUCGAUUUCCUUUUAUCUGAUUUUAUCUAGCCGGGAUAAAUUGGAAAACAUUGAAAAAAACAAAAAGACAUAAAACAGAAAAGAAGAACCCAAAGAGUCAAAAAAUUUGUUUCUUUUGUGUAAGCAUCCUCCUAAAUUAGAAAGUCAAUUUAUUUCUCAAACUUGUAGAGGUUCCUCACAAUUUGUUUGUUUCGAUCCAAAACUGCGAAUUUGCAGUCCCUUCGCCGGUGCGAAUGUUGCGAGCCUAUCCGAUGAACUCCAAGAACUCCGACGACAAGGCGGUCGUGGUGCUCGUCUGGAAGAGGCCGCGUCAAACCAACGGAAAACUCUUGAGAUACGAAGUUCGUCCUCCUCAACCCUUUCCAUGGCUCUAAUCUCAAGUCCAAAUCUCCGUUCGCUGGGAAUUCCUUUGCGUGGGAAUUCUCGGGGCUAGAAUUUUCUGCUGCAGAUAUCUCUAAUUAUGAGAAAAGUCUCAGUGCAGCGAGAAUAUUGCAGGUCGAGUACUGCCGCACGCAAAACAGAAAGGUCGUCGAGCACGAGUGUCCGCGGCUCAAAAUCGGAGCCGAAGCCAAAGAAGUGAGUUUUGUGGAUAGGAAACGCGUUAUUCAGAAAAUAUUUGAUUUGAAAAGUUUGGGAAAUUUGCAACCUUCAAGUUGAAUAUUUAUAGUCAAGUCGCUUAUUACUAAUUUUUCUCACUUUUUUUCAAUCAAAUGCUUUUUCUCCCAAACACGCCCUUAGGUGGGACACUGUUAGAACGAUGACAUUUCGUGGGAGAAAUGACAGUUCAAACGAUUGUCAAUGUUCAAAAAGUUCAGCUAUGUGGAGAAAAUAUUUUUUUUGAGUUGAAUAACUUUUCGGGGUGAUUCAUCGAUUUUUUGGGAACUUCUGAAAUUUUGGCAAAAGUAACAGGUCCUGGGUUCGAAAAUUCUAAUAUAAAAGUUCCAUUAAUUUCUCAAUUUUAUUUUUUUCUAAUUCUUGAAUGUCCACUCUAGAGGUUGCAAGACUGCGAAAUAGAACCUUUUGGCUUACACAUUUUGAAAAAGAAAGGGCUAACGAAGGCAAUUAAGGUGCGACUGACUGGAUUGGACUUCGAGACGCCGUACCGAUUCGUGAUCCGAGGGCAGACGCAGGCCGGCGAGGGCGACCCCAACAGUAGCGACGCGACAACGCUCCCGGAGCACGUUGCCGCAGGCGCGUCUUUUUCUCAUUUCGUUCCUGAAAAUUACCUUUUCAUUCAUUCCGGGACAUUUUCGGGACAAAACUGAGAAGAAAAGAAACUAAAGUGGGUAGUAUGCGUUCGUGCUGUGAUAGGCGGCCUGCCGCAGGUCAUAAAUAAAAGAAGAAAAAGAGCGGGACAAUUUGCCUGUGGUUGAUUGCCGUCCGUCAGCCUGGAUAUUUAUGUUUGGCGAGAGAAAAUGCCCUUUUGAAGCACGAAAUUGCAAUAGAAUGAGUUGUGCGGCAACUCGGCAGAGGACGGCGGUGAAGAAGGAGCGCGAGUGGGCGGAGCUUUCUCUUCAGGCAGAACCGGCGACGGCAGAGGCUCAGCUGGCCAUCCUAAUUCAAGCUCCUGUCCAUCCUCGGCAGUUUCUUUUCAGUUGUUUCCUGCUGAACCUCUGGCCGACGCCUGAGCCCCUCCCUCUACUUUUCACGCCUCUAGGCAACGCGAGCAAAAAAAAGCUCACUGAAGCGUGCGGUAGUACACUGGCGCGGUUCGAGAAGCUCUGAAAUAUUGAUAUGCUUCUGCAUCACGUGAUUUCUAUACUUUCUACUGACCUACUUGGAACCUUUUGCAACGGGUCAGUUUCCAUUUUCGACCGUCCAAGUCAGUUUUUAGUCGAAAUGAUCAAUUUAGUUCAUUCAUAGUUUGAAAGCGUCAUCAGUCUUCUCCGACGCUUUCGAGGCUACUUUUGAAAACGAGGCGCUUCAAAAUCAUAAUUUAGAAAGAUCCUUGAGCCGAUUCCACGGUAAAAAGACGACUUUUCUAAUUUUGAGAAUGAAGAGGCUUAGCGUGUUCCAAAAAAAUGACAGAAAAAAAUUUAUUUUUGAAAUUUUUUUGAAAAAAAUACAAUUUUAGCUCUUUUUCUUUUUAAUUUUCCCGAAAACAUUCGCCGAAAAAAAAGGCUGGAAUAAUGCUUCCAGCAUCGUUACUCUUUCUUUUUUCUUCUCUUGCGAUUUUCUCAAUAUCUUUCUUUUUUAUUCAAAUUUUCUGAGCAUUUUUCAGUCAUUUUUCUUUCAGAUUCAAACUCAUUAUUUUAUAUUCACGGGCUUUUUUCGAUAUACCUCUUUUUCUACAUUUUCUCCGGUCUAAUUUGCAUAGAAAAUUUGUUUUGAAUCACCGUUGCCCAGGUGCCAACAAAUCAGUCUAAGCCAACCAAUUAGUCUCUCUAUUCGUUUCUCAAAUUCGCUUCGCUUCCAAUUACGAGAUUGGAUUUCGCAGUCGAUAAUCCUUUGAAGACUGGAAGUUGUGUUUGCUCAGAAGAGUACGACUUACUGAACGAAAUGUUUCUUGAUGAGAAUCGAGACGGCCCCAUCUCAUUUCUAAUUCCACUUCAAGAAGCCACGUUCGAAUUCCGGACGCAAGCUUACUUGGAACCUAAUUCCAUUUAUUUUACUUUCGAUUUCCAAACCAAAGACUAUAAAUGUUGACAAGGCUGAAAUGAAAGUCCUGUCAUCAAAUUAAUUUUAUUUUUCUAAACUGAAAAACUGAGAAUUAAGAUCUCCGCUCACAAAUUGAAUGAUUUGUACUAAAUGAAGUUCGGAGCGAUGUUUUUGGUGCAAAAGCUUUGUAUAUGUUAAAACGUGUCCAGGAGCGGAUUAGUUGGAAAUUGACGAAGAAGCUCUUCCUUCGCCUCUUCAUCGAUUCCAGCCGUUUUUUGUGGAAGCUGCCAUUACUUUGCUACUGGGAAGAAGAAUUCUCGUGGUGAAUGAGUUGGAAGAGAAAUCACCCUUUCUGUUUCGAGGCCAAAAAAAUUCCGAAAAAAGCUCAUCGUGCAGAGACUGCAAAAUAGAGAACACUAUCCUGAAAACAUUUUGCAGCUCCAAAAUUAUAUUUUUCAUGAUUGAACUAUUAAUAUUUUUUAUUUGGAUAAUAUAAUAAUAGCCAUUUUUCGCAUUUUUUCUUUUCACGAUCGAUUAUUUUGAAAUAUUGGAAAUAGAUUUCAUUGUUUUGCGGAAUGGUUGAACAUAGGGAAACCAAAGUGUAUAGUAAAGAGAGGUGUAUUAUUGGAUAAUUCAGUGCUACAUGCAUGGGCAGGUGUGUCGGCCCGUGAAACGUAAUCCUUUUUUUUUCGUUCUCUCGGCGUCCUUGCAAAAUACUUCAGCAACAAUACAUUUUGUGGUGGCUUUUGAAAAGCAAUGCACUCUAGCAUCAUUCCAUACAAUAAAGACAAAAGAUAAACCGACCGUACAUGGUGUUUUGUGGGAAAAAAAAAACAGCCGAGUUACUUUAUGAAACCCCAUUUGAGCCCUUUUUUGAGAAAUUUAGGAGAUUUCCCGGGUAUGAUCAAAUUGAAAAUUAUGCUGAAUCAGAGUUUCGAUACGCAAUUAUCAUGUUUUGAAGAACUUUCAAAACAGAGAAAACUUAUGACAUAAAUAAAUGACAGUUUUUUCAGUUGAUCCCGGAGUGCCGAGCCUCGUCGAAAAUGCAAUCGGCGACGACUUCUUCAACGUCUCCUUCCGACCUGCCGAGUUUGACGCCGAGAAACGCGGUCCUGUCGGAAACACGUUCGCCGUCGAGUACAAACCAGAUGGCGAGGCCGAGUGGAAGUCCGUUCCGCAGAACGGUGAGUCUGGAAGUGAAGAGUUCAGGAUUUUGGUGCUUUUUAUGAGGGAAAACGCAAUUUCGGAAGAUGAUUGCAGCAAGGAUAUUAGCGCCCGAAAAAAUCUGAUUCAAAGUUUAUCUUCAAUCGUAGACGUGUGAAAAGUAAACUAUCAAAAAUACUAUUCAAAAAAAAAAUAGUUGAGAGUUUUUAAAACCAAAAUGUUUUUAUUUGGUAUAACGAACUAUGUUCCAAUAUCUUGUGUUGUCCUUCCGACCAAAAAAAAGUUUUCUGAUACUGGUAUUUGUAUUUGGAUCUGUUUCAAAUUUUUAUAGGCUUCUGAUAGGGAGAUUCCUGAACUAUUUCGUUUAGCGAGAUUUUUAGAAAUAAAAAGAUUUUAAAAGACCUGGACUGAAAAUUUGCAUCCAUUACGUAAGUAGUUGGUUCCUAUGUUAGAAGUAAUUGACAGACUUGAAGGUUUGGAUUGAUGAUGAUGAAAAAUGAUUCAAUGCCUAUUUCAGAAGACAACGCGCUGAUGGUCCACGUGGGCGAGCUGCAGCCAGGAACGAGGUACGACGUCCGCGUGGCGGCUCUCCAGCAGCAGCCAGAUGGAACGGAAACUCGUGCCUAUUCCCCGGUCAACCACAUCACGACGACUGGCCGAUCGCCACGCUCCGCCCGUUUCUGGCUCCUUCUUCUGCUGCUCCUCAUCCUGCUGCUGCUGCUCAUCAUCUGCUGCAUCAUCUGCGUGGCAAUGCGCCAACGCGGAGAGAACUAUCCCGUGUCGGAGAAGGAGCGGGAGCAGGGUCGCGAGCCCAUCCUCGGCAAAUCUCAUUUUGGCGAAUACAAAAAGUGUGUCUCGGUCUGAAAAACAAACGACAAAUGAUGGGUUUCAGUGACGACGAGGAGAAACGGUCGCUGACUGGAAGCAAAGCCGAUUCGGAGACUGACAGCAUGGCUCAGUACGGCGACACGGAUCCUGGCGUUUUCACCGAGGACGGAUCUUUCAUCGGUUCGUUUUUGACUGUGGACUAGAAAUUGUGGACUAGAAAUGAGAACCUAUCUUCCAAAAUUACCUUUCAUAUUAAGUUAACUUAAUUUCGGACUAGAAGUUCAAAAUGCUAGGAAACUGAGCGUCCGCUCACGAAAACAAGAAAGAAUGAUCUUUUGAGAAUCUUCAUCCAGUAGAUUCAAACGUCUUUUGUCUAAUUUUCAGAAUUACUUGUUAUAGAUGAAAUAAUCUCCGAUUCAGCAUCAAUCAUCAAUGAAAUCCUUUUUUUAGGUCAAUAUGUGCCACAAAAGAAUCUGAUGCCGGCAGAGCGACCUGAGAAGGGCUCUACAUCGACCUUUGUCUGA